AAUCUUUAAUGUAACUGACCACUUUGAAAAUGUUAUUCAAUUUAUUAAAUGGUUUACAUUUGAUUCUAACAGAAAUUAUAUUAAUGUUACUUACGUCUUAUGAUGAACAAAAACCACCAUUCAUCCGUUCACUUCUUCAUCACGUUAAUAUAAAUGGAAUUCUUUAUGAACCAAAGGUAGUUGGUUAUGGAACGUCGGCUGAUGAAGAAGUCUAUAGAAUAGGAAAUACUACCAAAGAUCAACGAACAGAAAUGAUUAUGAAAAUUUUAUCAUCAAGAACAAAUGCAGAACGACAGAAUAUUGUGCAUCAGUAUAACAAGAUUUUAAAAAAGUCUCUACUAAAUGAAAGAGAAAACUUUAAAUCAAGAUCAAUGAAACAAUUAUUUGAUGAUCUACUAACAGAUACAUCGAUAUUAUUAGCGGAUGAAUUGUACAAAGCGAUCAUUGCUUCCAAUUUACAGAAAACAACAAGUAUACUAAUUGAUUUCUGGGGUGAUGAAUUCGAUCAAGUGGAAGCUGCUUAUAAAAUAUAUUCUACAAAAUCAAUUUGGAAGUCUAUAGAGAAACGAUUUGGGAAAUCUGUAAAAUCUCUUUUACAUUGUAUAGUUGAAACAAGAAAAUAUGAACCUAAACAAGAAGAUCCUAUCAAAGGUAGAGGUGGUAAGCCGAUAGUUAACAACACAGUAGUUAUUGAGGUAUUUUAUGAUUUAAUGAACGUGUUGGAUUCAAAUAAAGAUGUGGGACAGCAGCUUGGUGAACGUCUAUGUAAACUUGAUCCAUUUCACUUUCAAAAACUGAACAUGAUUUAUAGACAAAAACCCGUUAGACAAUUUGGUGAAGUUCUUGAAAGCAGGACGUCAGGUCGACUCCACGAUGUUUUAUUGGCAAUGUAUAAUUACUCUAUUAACAAACCGAUGUAUUUUGCUACGUUAAUCCAUGAUGAACUUCAUAAGGAACACAUUGAUAGUUUGAGUGUACAACGUUUCAUUCUUAUCCGUUCUGAAAUAGAUUUACAUACAAUAGAUAAGUUAUAUAAAGUAAACUAUGGAAUAUAUCUAUCAGAAGAUGUAAAACAAAAGUAUCAUGAUGAAUAUGGUAAUGCCUUGUUAAAACUUUUGAAAAAAGAAGAAAUUCCAGAUAUAUUUCAACAUUCAAUACCAAUAUUACCACCAUGGCAUCCAGUGAUUAAAGUUUGAAGGAUGUUCAUUCCCAAUGAUGGAUUGUGUUUGAUUAACUUGUAUAAGACUGUAGUUUUUAUUAAUGGAUAUGAUCUUGGAGUAUUUUGUUGUUGCUUGUAAAAUGUUAAUGGAUGAAGUUGUGUAAACGAGUUAUUUGUUUGAAAUUAACUCUUGAUAACAUAAACUAAAUAUAAGUUAGUUUAAAGUAAA